AGAAAACAAGAUCCUAUGGACUGGUUAGAAGAGAUUAAUUGGUUUACAAGAAUAAACCAAUAUACCGAUGAAUACAAACUCAAAGUUGUUAGUGAAUAUCUACAGGGUACAGCAGGACAAUGGUUUAAUGAAGUGCAAGAAAGACAGAGCACCAUUAACCAUUGA